AUGUCAAACGCAUUGAACGCAGACGCCGGCUCGGAGAUGUUCGCCAGCUACGAGAACGAGUUGAAGCUGGUGCAAGCUGAUCUGAACCAAAAGCUGGACCAAAUCGCCGAGGCAAGCGGCGAGCAACGGAAAUCAGCUAUCGCCAACGCAACACAUGUCCUCGAAGAAGCAACAGAACUACUCGAUCAAAUGCGCAUGGAGAAGCAGAACAUCCCCUCAGCAACCCGGUCAAAAGUCAACAUCCGCUUCCGCAACUACUCAACCGAUAUCGACGAGGUCAAGCGCAAGCUUAAGUCCUUCUCGGAUGACCGGCAAGCGCUCUUCGGCGACCGAUACACCGACGAGCCGCAGGAUGAGCACCUCGAACAAAGACAGCAGUUGCUUUCCGGUACGGACCGGCUAGAGCGCAGCUCAGCGCGGCUGCAGCAGAGCCAGCGCAUGGCGCUGGAGACGGAGGAUAUUGCUCGCGGCACACUCGGCACUCUGUAUGAGCAGAGGGAGCAGAUCUCGAAUGCUCGGAAUAACUUGCAGCAGAGUGAGGGUUACGUUGAUACUAGUAUCAAGACUUUGAGGGGCAUGGCCCAUGUGAUUACUGACCUCUCCUCGCUGUUUAGGAUGGCUACCAAUCGGAUAAUCACCAUUGCUAUCAUUACAGUUCUGGUUCUUUUGAUUUUCGCAGUUAUUUUCAGCAAGUUCCAUUAG